GACACCUUGCUGUCUUUGCUUUCCUCUCUCAUCUGAGUUGAUUGGCAGUGCUGCUGCUGCUGGAUCCUUUGCAGAGACCAGAACCAGCCUUUCUAAGCUUGCCUCAUUGUGGACAAGAAACCAGCUGGGUUCCAGAAACUUUCCUUUCACAAUUCCAGCUCCAGGUUGGGACUACUGACACACCACGCCCUGUGGCUGACCUUCUCCAGGGCCAUCAUACAUCAACCCUACUUGCACUGUGAUCUGCUUCCUGUGUUGACCAUGCCUGGGUGGAGCUGCCUGGUGACUGGAGCAGGAGGGUUUUUGGGCCAGAGGAUCGUCCAGUUGUUGGUGCAGGAGAAAGAUCUGGAGGAGAUCAGGGUCCUGGACAAGGUCUUCAGACCAGAAACCAGAGAGAAAUUCUUCAACAUAGGAACAAACAUCAAGGUGACAGUGUUCGAAGGAGACAUUCUUGAUGCCCAGUACCUGAGGAGAGCCUGCCAAGGCAUCUCUGUUGUCAUCCACACCGCCGCCAUCAUUGAUGUCACAGGUGUCAUUCCCAGACAGACCAUCCUAGAUGUCAAUCUGAAAGGUACCCAGAACCUACUGGAAGCCUGUGUCCAAGCCAGUGUGCCAGCUUUCAUCUUCUGCAGCUCAGUUGAUGUUGCAGGGCCCAACUCCUACAAGGAGAUCAUUAUGAAUGGCAGUGAGGAAGAGGGUCAUGAAAGCACAUGGUCUGAUCCAUACCCAUACAGCAAAAGGAUGGCUGAGAAGGCAGUGCUGGCAGCCAAUGGAAGCAUCCUGAAAAAUGGUGGCAGGUUGCAUACUUGUGCCUUAAGGCCCAUGUAUAUUUAUGGGGAGAGAAGUCCAUUCCUUGCUAACAUAAUAAUUAGCUCCCUCAAAAAUAAGGGUAUUCUGGGUGUUAUUGGCAAAUUCUCCAUAGUCAACCCAGUGUAUGUGGGCAAUGUAGCCUGGGCGCACAUUCUAGCUGCCAGGGCCCUUCGAGACCCCAAGAAGUCACCAAAUAUCCAAGGAAAGUUCUACUACAUCUCAGAUGACACCCCUCACCAAAGCUAUGAUGAUUUAAAUUACACCCUUAGUAAGGAGUGGGGUUUCCACCUUGAUUCCAGUUGGAGCCUUCCUCUGCCCCUGCUCUACUGGCUUGCCUUCCUGCUGGAAACUGUGAGCUUCCUGCUGAGUCCAGUCUACAGGUAUCGACCUCUCUUUAACAGGCACUUGGUCACAAUAUCAAAUAGCAAGUUCACUUUCUCCUACAAGAAAGCUCAGCGAGAUCUGGGCUAUGAGCCACUUGUCAGCUGGGAGGAAGCCAAGCAGAAAACCUCAGAGUGGAUCAGGACACUGGUGAAGCAACACAGGGAGACACUGGACACAAAGUCUCAGUAAUUGGAAGAAGCUGGGGACAUGGUCUUGGGUGUUACCAGGUCCUCCAGCAAGGGUAGAAGCACAAGCUUGGUCCUGCUACCUUUUGACACAGAGGCCAAUUUAGUGCCUUAAUUGAGUCACCAGAAGCCUUGCCAGUCACUGACAGCACAGGCAGCUGUGCCCCAACUCCUGGGUCCAAGCUCUUCAGCACCUCUUGUACCUCAGAGCUCUCUCCAUUAUUUUUUCUCCCCAUUCAAAGCAUGUCUAGCCUUCAGAAAAUUCUGCUUGCUUUAUGAAGCCCAGUGGAAGGAACAAUAAAUAUUUGUUAAUAUCUC